CUAGUGUAGGUUUGCGCGGAGGGAGGAUGCGCGUCUGCGGAGGCGGCUGUCACGUGGGAACCAAGGGCCUUUGACACGUGUUUGCUCGGGAAGAUGCGGAUCCUCUGGCCUUGGAUGAAGGUCUGGGCUGGGAAGAGCCGCGGCUGCAGGUCUUACAGGACAGGAGCCCUCCCCUCCCACAUUGCUGAACGCCUAGCAUUCUACGAGCGGCUGAAAUCCGCCACUGAGGAACGUCGUGCAGAGCUAGCCCACCGAGAGAGACGCCCCAUCCGAGUUUCCCUGCAGGAUGGCAAAGAAGUAGAAGGAGAGGCCUGGACGACAACACCAUUUCAGGUGGCCUUGCAAAUCAGCCGGAGUCUGGCCAAAAGCGCAGUGAUAGCGAGAGUGAAUGGGACCCUUCACGACCUGGACCGCCCGCUGGAGGGGGAUGCCAGCCUGGAACUCCUUGAUUUUGAUUCUCAGGAUGGGCAAGCCCUGUUUUGGCACUCAAGCGCCCAUGUUCUCGGGGCAGCUGCUGAACAUUUCUAUCAAACCGCUUGCCUGUGUCACGGUCCAAGCACCGAAAAUGGCUUCUUUUAUGAUAUGUAUCUGGAUGAGCAAAGGACCGUGUCCAGCAAAGACCUGCCUGCUUUGGAAGAGAUCUGCUGGGCGAUGAUUGAAGAGAAGCUUCCCUUUGAGAGAUUAGAAGUGUCCCGGAAGGAUUUGAUAGAACUCUUUAAGCACAACAAGUUCAAGCUAAGAAUUAUUGAGGAGAAGGUGAAGUCUCUCACUGCCACUGUGUACAGGUGUGGGACGCUGGUCGACCUCUGCCGGGGGCCUCAUCUCAGGCAUACGGGAGAAAUCGGAGCCCUGAAGCUGAUAAAGAAUUCCUCCGCCUUCUGGAAUGGAGACCCUGCUCAGGAGCCCCUGCAGCGCGUCUACGGCAUCUCCUUCCCCAGCGCCGAGCGCCUGGCAGAAUGGGAGCAGGCUCAAGAGGAGGCUGCCCAGCGGGACCAUCGCCGGAUCGGGACCUUGCAGGAACUGUUCUUCUUCCACGAACUGAGCCCUGGAAGCUGCUUCUUCCUCCCCAGAGGAGCCCACAUCUACGCCACCCUCACGGACUUCAUUAAGAGUGAAUAUCGGAAGCGUGGCUUUUCCGAGGUUAUCACCCCCAACAUUUUCAACUCAAAGCUCUGGGAGAUGUCUGGUCACUGGGAGCAUUACGAAGAGAACAUGUUCUCCUUCCGGGUUGAAAAUGAGACUUUUGCCCUCAAACCGAUGAACUGCCCUGCCCACUGUCUCAUGUUCAGCCACCGGCCCCGAUCCUGGAGGGAACUGCCCCUCCGCUUGGCCGACUUCGGGGUCCUCCAUCGCAAGGAGCCUUCGGGAGCCCUGUCGGGAUUAACGCGGGUUUGCCGCUUCCAGCAGGAUGAUGCCCACAUCUUCUGCAGCAUCGACCAGCUGGAAGGAGAGAUUGAAAGCUGUCUAGAUUUCCUCCAAAGUGUCUACUCCGUUUUUGGUUUCACCUUCCAGUUCUACCUCUCCACGCGACCCAAAAAAUUCCUUGGGGAGCUUCAUCUUUGGGACCGUGCAGAGCAGCUCCUGGAAAAGAGCCUCCAGGACUUUGGGCGGCCAUGGGAGCUCAACCCGGGAGACGGAGCCUUCUACGGUCCAAAGGUUGAUAUACAGAUUAAAGAUGCUCUGGGCCGUUACCACCAGUGCGCCACCAUCCAGCUGGAUUUCCAGAUGCCCAUCCGGUUUGACCUCUCGUACACCGGAAAAGAUGGCGGAGAGCCAGAAAGACCCGUCAUGAUCCACCGGGCAGUGCUGGGCUCUGUCGAGCGAAUGUUGGCAGUCCUAGCGGAGAACUAUGGCGGGAAGUGGCCUCUCUGGCUGUCCCCGUUCCAGAUCAUGGUGAUCCCCAUUGGGCCGGACGUGGUGGAUUACGCCCGGGAGGUCCAGAAGCUCUUCCAGCAGGAGGGCUUCAUGGCGGACGUGGACGCCGACCCAGGCACGACCCUCAGCCGCAAAAUUAGGAAAGCCCAGCUGGCCCAGUACAACUUCCAGUUCGUUGUCGGACGGAAGGAGAUGUCCAGCCGCACGGUGAACAUCCGUAGCCGGGACUCUCGCCAACACGGUGAGUGGGAUUUGCACCGGGUGCUGCGCAGGCUCCACGAACUCAAGAAUGCUCGGGUCAAAAAUGCGGAGGAGGUCCUCGGAGGCCCCCCCUGACUGACUAACUGACUGACUGACUGACAGACGUCCUGCUGCCCCUUGUGGGUUGCCCUCCAGCAGCCGCAGCCGGACAGACCGGGGAGUGGGCAAAGUCUUGCUGGGUUUCACUUGUGAGGUUGUCUCCCAGUUUCAUGUCAAGACCCUAGUCCUCUUCAAGGUGCGUCUGUAUCGUGCAAGAAGCCUUUGGGGUCUAGAAUCUGGCGCCCCUCUCUAGCUGUGCCCACCCACAUUCUCCUCCGGAAACCUUUUGGAUGGCCUCUGGAAUCCCUAGCCUUGCUCAGAAGGGGGUCGGCAAAAUGGUAGGAUGGGCUGGCAUCCUACAGUUUGAGAACGAAAGGGAUACAGGUUCUCGGAGAGGAGCUGAGCAGGCCAGGCCAGAAAGAGGGCCAGCCUGUCUUCUAACCCUGGUCACUGGGCCGGCUCCGCAGAGGCCUGUCAUUAAAACACCUUUUCUUUCCUUC